AGCCAGGGGUGGACUGACAACUCAUGGGGCCCCCGGGCAAUAGGAGAUCAUGGUGCCCCUGUGCCCUUGCCCAAACUCCAAAAAGCCUAUGAAAAAGGUACCAGGGGCAUCUCAUGGGGCCCCCUACUGACCCCGGGCCCUCGGGCAGUGCCCGAGUUUUCAAAUGGUCAGUCCGCACCUGUCCUGAUCCCUGCUCUGUAUCCAGUGCAUGUAACCAUUCAGGGACAGGAAGAUAAAAAAAAAUAAGCCAAAUUAGUUUAUAACCAAAAAUUAUAAUUUUUAAACUUUUUUUUUACAUUUUUAUUUUAUUUUAUUUUU